UGGUUUUGGUGAUCGUUUUGUUGUGACGACAGUGAACACGAGUUGAAUAUUUCUUCUUCUCCAUAUGGAAGAGAAACGUUUAGAGUCCAGUUUGGAAGUACUCUCUUCUCAACUUCCACGAGUAGCUAUUGUAAGUUUGUCCCAUGGUUCAUGUUGGGAAGAGUAUUCCAAUCUUCUCUCGGUUAGUAGGAGGCAUAUCCGAAAGAAUAAGUUUGUUGACUUUGUUGGAGAAUAUCACUUGGAUUUAAUUGUGAAGAACGGUGCUGUUCCACUCAUAGUUCCCCGCGUACAGAGAGUCCACGAAAUGUUGGAAUCUUUUGAGCCUAUUCACGGAGUCCUAUUAUGUGAAGGAGAAGAUAUCGACCCCUCCUUGUAUCAGGCUGAUUUUAGUAACUUGGAUCCAGAGUUGAUCGAAAAAAUAAAGCAGAAGCAUAGCGGUGACGCAAAAGUUGAUAAAGAAAAAGAUUCGAUAGAGUUUGCACUAUGCAGAAGGUGCAUUGCGAAAGGAAUCCCUUUUUUAGGCAUAUGUAGAGGUUGUCAAAUCAUGAAUGUUGCACUAGGAGGCACAUUAUAUUUCGAUGUUGAACUCCAACUAAGGAGUUGUAUCAAACAUAUUGAUUAUGAUAAUUACGAUGGACAUCGUCAUCCUGUCACCAUUGUGCCUGAUACUCCACUUCAAAGUUGGUUUGAACAAGAAGAAAUUAUGGUGAAUUCUUAUCAUCAUCAAGGAAUCAAGGAUUUGGGAAGAUUGUUAUCUCCUAUGGCAACUGCUCCUGAUGGUUUGAUAGAAGGUUAUUAUUGUCCCUCUACUUAUGACCCCAAGAAUGGCAAUUUUCUAAUAGGACUACAGUUUCAUCCAGAGAGAAUGCAAGAGUCACACGUUUCCGACUCAUCUCCCAGAAAGGAAGCUCGAUAUGAUUAUCCAGGAUGUCCCAAAGUAUAUGAAACAUUUAUAGCUGCUGUACAAGCUUAUGCUACGAAGCAGAGAGGUGACGCAACUUCCACCACAAAGACAGUUACGAAUACCGUAAAAGAUGAGUAUCGCAUGGUUGUCGAAUCAUUCAAUGAAGCAGCACGAGUAUAUCAUGACAAAUUGGCAUUGGAUGAACAAACCAUGAAGAAAUUCCAACUUGGUAUGAAGUUUUUGGAAACGCCAUUACCCCUAAGUGUCGAUGACUUGAAUCGGCUGUCUCGUAUUGGAGCUACCGUAAGAGGAGGAAAUUUAUAUUAUAAUAGCGGAAAAAGCAAACCAUUGGAAAAUGUCAGAGAGGAAGUUCCAACCAACAUCGUACAUUCUCUACAGCAAGUUUCAAAAGUUCUUCCUUCUUUGAGCCAAAUGGAAAUUGAAAAACUAGCUGCUUCACUUGAGCAAGCGUUAGCAACUGUUGUGGAAUACCGAAAUCAUCAUUUUAUGUAAAACACGUUUGGAUAUUUCGUUCUACUUUUAUGGGGCUUCUCUGUAUAGUGUCUUAAAUACCUUGGAUAUAUAAAGGAUCGGAAGACAUU